CACUUUCGAAACAACAAAAUGGACAAGAAUAUAAGGCUCAUUCACUGAAACUAGCUCUUGAUUCAAUUAACCGUUUUUUAGUAAAAUCAUCAAAAAUAUCAGGAAUAAAUUUACACAAUCGAUAUGAAUUUCCUGAUAUCUAUGAUGUUUUACAUGGAAAAAUGAGAGAUUUACAAGAAAAAGGGCUUGGCGAAAUUCAAGGUGCUCACGCACUUAAUCCAGAAGAAGUUAGACACAUCCUUGAACAUGAAUCAAUGACAAUUUCAACACCAGAAAAUUUAAUCUAUCGAAUAUUUUUCUGGAUAGCUAUAAUAUUCGCAUACCGUGGUGGUGAAUAUUACUAUAUUAAAGCUAAUCAAUUAAAGCAACGGGAAGAUGGCGGAUUUAAUUUUAUUAGAUAUGUUGCUAAAAAUAAUCAACGAGGUAUUAAUGGAGGGAAUGCACAAAUUAUUCCAAUACCUGCAGAUCAUCCUGGCACUCAGGGCCCAUGUUAUGAUUUCCAAUUAUAUCUUUCUAAACGUCAAGCUGAUGCAAAUGAUCACCUGUAUUUACAAGUUAACCCAAAAUGGAGAGAAACUAGUAUUUGGUAUAAAAAGAAACAUUAUGGUCUAAAUCGGAUCAACAAGUUUAUGAAAGAAAUUGGACAACGUACUAAAAUUACUGUACCUGAGAAUUUAUUAUCGAAUCAUUCUGGAAGAAAGACUGCAACACAAAUCUUACAUGAUAAUGAAAUUCCAGAACAAACAAUAAUGGAUAUUACUGGCAAUUCGUCUAAAGAAAUCCAACUGUCUCAAGAAAUCAAACCAAUCAAUUCAUCUCAAGAAAUUCAAUCUAUCAACUCGUCUCAAGAAAUCCAACCUAUUAACCCAUUUCAAGAGAUUUCAACUAAUUCAUCUCAAGAAGUUCAUUCAAUCAACAUAGAUCAAUCGAAUUCUAUCCAGAUAUUUGAUAACAUGCAACGUGGAAAAGAAAAUCAAAAUGGAAUACCUAGCUUUUACAACU